UCUUGUGCAUUUGGAGCCUAGCUAGUACUCCGGCGGAGUAUGGAAGAAUCUAGAGAAGGUGACGUGUCACUCCGUCGGUCUAAAGUAACCGGCGGUCAAAUAAAGUGGGCGAAACCGGGUCCCAAGACUUCUGCCCGCGCCGGCGCGCCGUCCCCCAUCCAAUCGCCCAAACCCUAACCCAGCCGCCGCUCCUCAUUCGAUCGAGCACCGGCCGGCCAUGGCGCUCCCGGACGAGCUCUUCGAGGAGAUUCUCCUCCGCCUCCCUCCCGACGAGCCGGCGUGCCUCCUCCGCGCAUCCGCCGUCUGCAAGCCAUGGCGCCGCCGCCUCUCCGACCCCAAGCACCUCCGCCUCCUCCACGCGCGCCACGGUAGACCCCCCCUGCUGGGCUUCCUUCACAACCUCUUCGAGAGCCGCAUCCCUUGCUUCGUCCCCACCACCGCCUCCGGAUCCUUCCCCCUCGCCGUCCCCGACCAGCUCGACUGGUCCGUCAUCGACUGCCGCCACGGCCGCGCGCUCCUCUUCGCCCAGGGCCACCUCCUCGUCUGGGACCCGAUCACGGGCUCCCAGCGGCGCGUGCCGGCGCCGGCGCAGUUCAAGGGCGGCUACGCCAACGGCGCCGUGGUCUGCGCGGCGGACGGCGGCCGCCGCGGGGGUCCCUUCCGCGUUGUCUUCGUGUUCCACCACACGCUGCAAGGCGGUUCGGUCAUGUCUGCGUGCGUUUACUCGUCGGAGGAGACCGGCGGCGGCGCUUGGACCGAGCCGGCUUCACUUGACCGCCCCCACGCCUGCUACCCUACGACGAAGCCCAGCGUGCUAGUAGGGAACUCCCGGGUGUACUUCCUCUGUGGUGAGCAGCACACAUUCACCCUUGAGUACGACUUGGAAAGGCGGAGCCUGGCCAAGGUCGACCUGCCGCCGCCGGACACGACAGCCGCCUGGACGAGCGCUGUACUUAUGCCCACGGAGAACAACAGACUGGGAGUCGCCGCAGUUGUAGAGUCGUCCCUUCACCUGUGGUCGAGGGAUGUGGGCGCCAAUGGUGACGCAGGAUGGGUACUGACUGGAGUCAUGGACAUCCACAAUCUGCUCCCGAUUGCUGCUUUCUUGGCCUCAUGGACAGUAAAGGUCAUUGGUUUCGCUGAAGAAGCAAAUACUGUUUUUCUGUGCACAUUUGCUGGAGUCUUUACAAUCGAGCUCGAGUCAGAUCGGGUGGGGAAGGUGUAUGCGACUAAGACGGGUGAAUUGAGCUUCGCACAAGUCGGAAGCUGCUACGAAUCUUUGUUCCCGUUCAGCAGCUUCUACAUUCCAGGUGCUUUAACCACAGGUAAACAAGUUGCUGCUCCAGGAGGUGGCGGUGGGACACUAUAUGUUAUUGGACCGAACUUGCUUCAGGAAGUUAAUUCAUCUUCUUUGACUGAGAAUUAAUUAGGUAGUGAGAUCCCUUAUGCAUGUAUUCAACUGAAGAUGGAGCAGAGAAGAGCUUGCAUAGGAGUACUUGUUUCUGAGUUACAUAAUUGUGCACUUUUGGUGGUCGUGUGGUGAGAUUAUCAAGAUAUGGUCAUAAUGUAGGAACAAGAUGUUCCUGUGUCCUUUCCUUGGUCA